GGAGCGGCCCGUGAGGGGUUUGGGAGGCGAGGCGUCGAGGCCCCAGAAGCGGCUGCUGACUGAGGCGGUUCCUUGCGGGGUCCGGGAUGAGCCUGACGGGGGCGACGCCGGCCGUGGUCUCGGUCUCCAUCAGCAGCAGCCUCAACACCUUCCGGGCCCUGAAGCGCUACGCCCGAGGCCUCACCAUCGCCGAGUUCAAGUGUAAGUUGGAACUGGUUGUGGGCAGCCCGGCAUCAUGCAUGGACCUCGAGCUCUACACUGCGGACGACAAGUUUGUGAUGAAACUGGACAGCGACGAGGCCUUGCUGGGAUCUUACCCCAUUGAUGACGGCUGCAGGAUCCAUGUUAUUGACAGAAGUGGCGCAACUAUUGGGGAAUAUGAAGAUUUAUCACGGGUGGAGAAAUUUGAGAUACCUGAUGCUGAAUAUGACAAGAGAACAGACACAGCUCGCUCCUUCAUGAAACGCAGCAAGUUGGGGCAUUAUAAUAAGGAAGAAAUGCUGAAGAAGGAAGCAGAGCAGGAGCAGAAGUUGGCAGAGGAGAAGGCGCUGGCGGAGGCCAUUUCUGUGGGGGCAAGGUGUGAAGUGCGGGCGUUGGGGCAGCCCAACAAACGGGGGACUGUGAUGUAUGCUGGUUUAACUGAGUUCAAGCCUGGCUACUGGAUUGGCAUAAAGUACGAUGAGCCUUUGGGGAAGCAUGAUGGCAGCGUCAGUGGAAAGCGGUACUUCGAAUGCCAGCCAAAAUACGGCGCCUUUGUCAAGCCCCAGUACGUCACGGUGGGGGAUUUCCCGGAAGAGGAUUACGGACUGGAUGACGAAAUGUGACAGGGGUAGGAAGAGGCAGGGAUGGCUGAAGGAAAUGGAGGAGGUCUCUGUUGUGGAACUGUCAUGGUUGCCGCUGUUGCUGCAGUGCCCAGCUGCGUUCUGACCCCACGCGGGAGGCUGCGGGGCAAACCAGAGGGAGACAGCAUGAAAGCCACUUGUGUGUUCUUCGACUUGUGUUGGUUGUUUUUCUUUUCCCUGGUUGUCUCUUUGUUCAGUGAAGAUGCCACAAUGUCCCUUUGAGUUUUCAGACAUGUACACCCUUCUUGCAGUAACUUAGCGAAUGUGGGAGCUGACUUUGCUUUGUAGUCAAUGCCCUUCUUUUAGGGUUGGGGAGGCUAACGGGGUUUUUUGCCCACCUCUCAGUACAGCCUUUGGGUUUGGAAGCAGAAUGUGUCAGAGGAAGGCUCUUGAAACAGAAUUGUAUGAAGUCUUUCCUGCUCCUAAAAAUGUAACAAAACAAAUCCGAACAGACAUUUCCAAGACCAUGUUUUUCCCCACUGUGAAAUGUUGUGCGUGUGUGUGUUUGUGUGUUUUGCUGGCAGAAGAUGCUAACGUGAUAAUUACAAAUUAAUUUUUUUCAGAGGGGAAAUACAUUCCAGAAAAGAA